AUGGAUCCAAAGACAGGUUUCCCGUUAAGCUGGCCACCCAAGCUAGCCCACGUCAUGAAGAAAGCCCGUGAAGCAAAGAAACCAUUUGCAUCCAUCAUGGAAAUCAGAGCUGCCAACGAUGCCCUCCCCAUUGAGAAAUCGCUAGCUGGAAUCGAGAUCCGUGAGGUUCAAGUGCCUAGAAUUUCUGCUCCAGGGUUGGAGGCGACUCCUACGGGAAGUGUUGCUGCUGAGUUUGUGGCGGAAACGGGGUCGGCGUUUGAUACGAGUUUGCCGCAUAUUCUUUACGUUCAUGGUGGUGGAUACACGCUAUUCUCCAAAGAAUCACAUCGCCCUAUAACCAUGCGACUCGCCAAACACGGUAUUCGAGUCUUGAGCGUCAGUUACAGACUCGCUCCCGAACAUCCUUAUCCAGCAGCAAUAGUCGACGCAUACGCUUGCUUCAAGUUCUUGAUUGCUUCAGGAGUGCCCGCUUCACGGAUUGUCGUGUCUGGAGAUUCAGCGGGAGGUGGAUUGACAUAUGCGCUUGCUUUGUAUCUGAGGGAUUUAGGAGAAGAUAUGCCCGGAGGACUUGCUCCUCUAACGCCUUGGAUUGAUUUGUCAGGUACGACGCCUGCUGGUAAUAUUAACGUAUUUCCAGAGGAAGCUGAUACGUUGAACAGCAACAAAUUGGGAGGCCUACGCGACAACGCACACGCAUACUCCCAAGGCCACUGGUCGAACGCCUACAUCAGUCCUCUUCUCGACGCUCCAAACGCCUCAUCCCGCCCUCUCCCACCGCAAUUCAUAACAACAGGCACAUGCGACCGUCUCCAGCUCGAAGACCUCCUAAUGGCACUUAAACGACGUAAGGCAGGUGAAAUCGUCCGACUCUACGAUUUCAAGGAUAUGUUUCACGCAUUCCAGGCGUUUCCGUUUUUGGAGGCUAGUAAGACUGCUAUUGCUGAAGAGGCGCAGUUUACGAAAGAUGUUGCGAGUGGGAAGAAUAUUGUGAGUGGGUACUUUUUUGUUGAGGGGGAUGGGAAGACGAUUAAGGAGGAGAGUGAGGGGGUUGUUAGGGAGCGUGCAAGGGACAUUGUUAGACGGGGGAGUGUGACUUAUGAGCAGCCUAUUGCUGCGUAUAAACUAUAA